AUGGGCAAAUCCAAGUCCAAGGGAUCGUCCAAGGACGCCCCCGCCUCCGCCACUGCCCCUCCCGCCGCGGCCCUCUCGUCGUUCCUCCUCGCACAAGCCGACUCGAAGGACGCGGCUCUCGAGGACAUCUUUGCCACGUCGAAGGGCCCGUCGCGCGCCUUUGAGCCCAAGAAGGAGCAGCCCCGCCCGGCACCCGCUCCCGCCGCCGCCGCCGCCAACAAGGCCGCCAACGAGGGCACCGCCGCCGCCGCCGCCGACGCCGACUUGUCGGAGCUCGAGUCGGGCGCAGAACUGAGCGACCUCGACGACGACGAUGAGGACGCGCUCGAGGAGGAGUACGCCGCCAAGCUCGCGGCCGCCGCGUUCAAGCAGCGCCAGCUCGCCGCCGCCGCCGCAGCUCAGCAGCAGGGCAAGGGCAAGAAGCGCAAGGCCGAGCAGCCGGCCGACGAGGACGUGUCGGACGAGGACGAUGGCGACGACAGCCCGGUCGAGGUCGACAGCGACGACGACGACGACGACGAGCAGGACGACAACGACGACGGCCCGCUCGACAUCAACGACCUGAUCUCGGGCGCCCUGUCGGGUUCCACGCCGGGCGACAAGAAGGGCAAGAAGGCCGACAAGGGCGGCAAGAAGAGCGCCAAGCUCGUGCAGCGCCAGCAGGAGACGCCCGAGGCGCGCGACGCGAGGACCAUCUUCCUCGGCAACGUGCCCGCCGAGUGCUCGACGUCUCGUUCGCUCAAGAAGUCGCUCGUGCGCCACGUCCUGCAGAACCCGGCCCUCGCGUCGACCCUGCCCUCGGGCUGCCCGCCGCUCAAGAUGGACGCGAUCCGGUUCCGCUCGCUCGCGUUCGCGUCCAAGGUGUUUGGCCGCAAGGUGCACGCGGGCGCGACGGGCGACGACGACGAGAACGCCGGCGGGCGCGGGCGCAAGCGCGCGCGCGAGUGGCGCGAGAACGAGGACAGCGACCUGCGCGGCGUCAAGGGCGGGUACAAGGAGCGCGAGAGCAAGAAGCAGGCGCCGACGACGGGCGCCAACUCGCAGCCGUUGACCGACGGGCAGAAGCGCCGGGUCGCCCUCAUCCGCGGCGAGCUCAACGAGGGCAAGAAGGCGUGCAACGCCUACCUCGUCAUCGCGGCCCUGCCGGACGGCGUCGACCCGGUCGCCGUCGUCAAGGCGCUCGUCAGCGCGACCAACAACAGCGUGUUCGAGGGCUUCACGCUCCACGCCGACGCCGUGCGCCCUCGGUCGGCCGCCGCGCUCGUCGCCGCCGCCCAGAUGGCCGCCAAGCCCAACAUGGACCUCACCGACGUGCCGCGCAACCAGGACGCCCACACCGUGUCGGCGCUCGAGGCGCGCCGCACCUUGUUCAUCGGCGGCCUCGACUUUGCCGAGAACGAGGAGAGCGUCCGGUCGGCGACCGAGGCCGUCCUCGUGCGCGAGCGCGGCGAGCCUGUCGAGGGCCGGUUCGUCGAGAGCGUGCGCAUCGUGCGUGACCCUAGCACCGGCCUCGGCAAGGGAUUCUGUUACGUGCUCCUCCAGGACGAAUCGUGCGUCGACGAGCUGCUCGCGCUCCCGCCGGGCAAGAACCUCAAGAUCUCGAAGCGCAAGGUGCGCCUCGAGCGGUGCAAGACGACGGCGGCUGCCGCGCGCGCCAAGGCGUCGGCCCGCACCGUCGCGUCGCUCCCGGCUCGCGCAGGUGCCGCCGCCGCAGCAGCAGCAGGGGCGAGCGGCGGCAAGAAGGGCACGGCGACCGACGGCCGGCCCAAGGCGGUCCGGCUCGCCGCGCCGCGCGACCCGACCCUGUCCAAGCACGGGCGGUCGGGCCCUUCGGCGCCGCGGUCCAAGCACCAGGAGCAGCUCGCCGAGGCGCUCGCGCAGCUGCCGACCGACGAGCGCAAGAAGAUCAAGUCGAUGGACGCCGAGCGCAUCGCGCGGCGCGCGGCCAAGAAGGAGUCGAAGCGGCUGUCGGAGCGCUACGAGCGCAAGCAGGCCAACGUGGCCAAGAAGAGUGGCGGCGGCGUCGCCGAGGCCAUCUUGGGGAGGGAACCGAGGGCGCUCGAGCGGGCGAGGAAGGAGAAGAAGAGGAUCGCGACGCAGAGCAAGUCGAGCCUGAAGAAGAAGGGGCCGAGGACUUGAGCACACUUGUCAUGCAGUCACAGCGUUGCCUCUCU